CGAGUACGCGCAGCGCGCGCCCGAACGCUGAUGAGGAGCAGCACUGAUUAAGCAGAAAAAACAGAAAGGAGUUUCAGCGAGCGACUCCCACGAGAAAAGAAACGGCGCACUGUUGGGAAUUUUCAAUAGGGAAAAAGCCUGUAGUCCUCUUUUAAUCAAAAUGGCACAGUGGCACGUAUGUUUGGACACGGGAAAGUUGCAAAGGACAAUCUGAGAGAGACCUUUCUGGGAUAUUAGAGCUGCGCUGGAUUUGAUCUGUCCUUAAAGGAGAAGCGUAGCACACUGGAUUUUUACACUGAGCUCAGAGAGCAAUUGUGAUGUCUUGAAGCAGUAUCUGGGCCUUUUGAAGGAUGUGCAGUGAGCGCUGAUGGAAACUGCUGCUCCAAUAUGAGUGUUCAUGAUGUUGGCGGUAGACGACGCUUUGAGGACUCCGAGCUCACCCUGCGCAUCUACCCAGGUGUCAUCGCAGAGGGCACUAUCUACUGCCCCGUCGCCGCCCGUAAGAUCACUUCGGCUGCAGAGGUCAUCGAGCAGGUUAUCGAUCGGCUGCAGCUAGAUCGGACAAAAUGUUACGUCUUGGCAGAAGUGAAGGAGUUUGGUGGGGAAGAGUGGAUCCUCAACCCCACCGACUAUCCCGUCCAGCGCAUGAUGCUGUGGCCUCGCAUGGCACUGGAGAACCGCUUCAGCAGCGAGGACUACCGCUUCCUGCUGCGCGAGAAGAACCUGGAUGGCUCCAUCCACUAUGGGAACUUGCAGAUGUGGUUGCACGUCACAGAAGAGCGCCGGCGCAUGGUAGAGCGAGGCUUCUUGCCGCAGCCUUUGCCAAAGGACUUCGAUGACCUGUGCAACCUGCCGGACCUCAACGAGAAGACCUUGCUGGACAACCUGCGCAGUCGCUUCAAGCAGGAGAAGAUCUACACCUACGUGGGCAGCAUCCUCAUAGUCAUCAACCCCUUCAAGUUUCUUCCAAUAUAUAACCCCAAAUAUGUCAAAAUGUAUGAUAAUCACCAGCUGGGCAAGUUGGAGCCGCACAUUUAUGCAGUGGCGGAUGUGGCCUACCAUGCCAUGCUGCAGAGCAGACAGAAUCAAUGCAUUGUUAUUUCUGGGGAGAGUGGAUCGGGCAAAACCCAGAGCACCAACUUCCUGAUCCACCAUCUCACGGCUCUCAGUCAGAAGGGCUUUGCAAGUGGAGUGGAGCAGAUUAUUCUUGGUGCUGGACCAGUGCUGGAGGCUUUUGGUAACGCAAAGACAGCACAUAACAACAACUCCAGCCGUUUUGGGAAGUUCAUCCAAGUGAACUAUCAGGAAAGUGGCACUGUUAGAGGAGCAUAUGUGGAGAAAUACCUGCUGGAGAAGUCUAGACUCGUCUAUCAGGAACACAAUGAAAGGAAUUACCACGUGUUUUACUACCUGCUGGCAGGAACAAGUGAAGAGGACAGGACAGCGUUCCACCUCAAAAAGCCUGAAGAAUACCAUUACCUCAAUCAGAUGACAAAGAAACCUCACAGGCCGCACUGGGAAAAUUACUAUGAGAACGAACCGCAGGAUUGCUUCACAGUGGAAGGGGAGGAUCUUAAGCAUGACUUUGAGCGCUUGCAGCUGGCUAUGGAGAUGGUGGGCUUCCUUCCCACCACGCGUAAACAGAUAUUCUCUUUGCUGUCAGCUAUUCUUCAUUUAGGGAAUAUCCGAUAUAAGAAGAAGAUCUACCGGGAUGACUCCAUUGACAUCUGCAAUCCUGAAGUUCUGCCAGUAGUAUCAGAGCUGCUUGAGGUCAAGGAGGAGAUGCUCUUUGAGGCUUUGACCACACGGAAGACUGUGACAGUGGGCGAGAAGCUGAUAGUCCCCUACAAACUAGCAGAGGCUGGGACAGUAAGGGACUCUAUGGCAAAGUCACUCUACAGUGCCCUUUUUGACUGGAUUGUGUUCAGGAUAAAUCACGCCUUGCUCAACCAAAGGGACUUGGAGGAGUCAGCCAAGAUCCUGUCCAUCGGGGUCCUCGAUAUCUUUGGCUUCGAGGACUACGAAAACAACAGCUUCGAGCAAUUCUGCAUCAACUUCGCCAACGAGAGACUUCAGCACUAUUUCAACCAGCAUAUUUUCAAGCUGGAACAGGAAGAGUACAGGGCAGAAGGCAUUACCUGGCAUAACAUUGAUUACAUUGAUAACACCAGCUGCAUCACCCUCAUCAGCAAGAAGCCCACAGCACUGCUCCACCUACUGGAUGAAGAGUGCAAUUUUCCACAGGCCACCAAUCAGACCCUCCUGGACAAGUUCAAGCGACAGCAUGAGGGAAACAGCUACAUAGAGUUUCCUGCAGUGAUGGAGCCAGCUUUCAUCAUUAAACACUAUGCAGGGAAAGUCAAAUAUGGUGUGAAGGACUUCAGGGAGAAGAACACGGACCACAUGCGGCCAGACAUCGUCGCACUCCUCAAGAGCAGUAAGAACGCCUUCAUCUGUGGGUUGAUCGGUAUUGACCCAGUGGCCACAUUCCGUUGGGCUGUGCUCCGAGCCUAUUUCAGAGCCAUGGUGGCCUUCAGGGAUGCUGGCAGAAGACAUGUGGAGAAACGCAGUGGGCAUGACGCUGCUGCUCCAGCUGUGAAAAGUGUGGAUAGCUUUAGUUUUCUGCAUCACCCUGUGCAUCAGAGAAGCUUAGAGAUCCUGCAGAGGUGCAAAGAGGAGAAAUACAGUGUGAACAGGAGGAAUCCUCGCACUCCGCUCUCUGAUCUGCAGGGUAGCAAUGCAAUUAAUCAACGAGAGGGCUGGAAUGGGCGUCCUGGGAGACAGAACCGCCUGUCUUCAUUUGGAUCCAUCAGCGAGGAGGAGGGCAUCUUCAUCAACUCUACCAGCAGUAAACUCCUGGAGCGAGCCCAUGGCAUCCUCAUGAGAAAUAAAAACUAUAAGAUGAAGCCCAGUCUUCCUAAGCACUUGCUGGAUGUAAAGUCUCUAAAGUAUCUGAGCAACCUGACAUUACAAGACCGCAUCACAAAAUCCUUGCUGCAUCUCCACAAAAAAAAGAAACCCCCAAGUAUUAGUGCUCAAUUCCAGGCCUCUCUCAACAAGCUGAUGGAGACUCUUGGUCAGUCACAGCCGUACUUUGUGAAGUGCAUACGAUCAAACGCAGAGAAGCUUCCUCUGCGGUUUAACGAUGGUCUGGUGCUAAGACAACUUCGCUACACGGGCAUGCUGGAAACUGUGCGAAUACGACAAUCUGGCUACAGCAUCAAGUACACUUUUCAGGACUUUGCGCGACACUUCCAUGUGUUGUUACCAGAGGGUUCCAAUCAGGCCAGCCAGGAGGCUAUCAGAUGGUACCUGCAGCAGGUGGAUCUCACUCCUGAAGGCUUCCAAGUGGGCCGUACCAUGGUGUUCCUCCGUGAAGUAGAGCGGCAGAGGCUGCAGGACCUGCUCCAUCAGGAGGUGCUGAGCAGAAUCGUUCAUCUUCAGAGACGCUUCAGAGCUCUUCUAGAAAGAAAGAACUUCCUCAGAGUAAGACAGGCGGCCUGCCAGAUUCAGAACUGGUGGAGGAGUUGUCAGUCUUUACAGAGGGAGAGCCAGCUUGAGUAUGACAUGCGUGUCCAGCAGGGGGCAGUGGUCUGUAUCCAGUCAGCCUGGAGGGGCUUUAGAGAGAGGCGUAGACUCCUGCUAUGGAGAGAGGCAUCUGUGCUGAUCCAGAGAAACUGGAGGCUGUAUCGGCAGAGACGGGCAGCCCUCCAGAUCCAGACUGCAUGGAGAAGACAUAGGGCCAGAGAGCUCUUCCUCCGCCAGCGGAAUGCCACCGUCCGCCUGCAGGCUGUGGGUAGAGGCUAUCUGGCAAGACAGAGAUUUCGAGAACUCCAGAAGCAGAAAUUAAAAGCCACUCAUCUGCAGAAUGGAAAGGCUGGUUUGUUAACAGAAGAGGACAAGCUUGGAGACAUGGGUUUGGAUGCAAACAUGUUGGAAGACUCCUUUGAGGAGCAGGACAGGAGCAAACAGGCCUUCAGUGGUGCAGUAGAGGCAUCUGGAGCAGGUAUUUUGGAAGAGAUAGAGCUAGAGAUGAUGGAGGGCAUGGCACCAGCACAUCCUUCAUCUGAAGUGACAAUCCGAGAGAGGCCGCGGACUCUAGAAGAUCCCAACCAGAGGACACGAGCCAAGCGGGAGAGCCGGCGGAUGCGAGAGCUGGAACAGGCCAAUUUUAGCUUGGAGCUUCUUAAGGUGCGGUCCACGGGAGGAACAUCUCCCUCGGAAGAAAGGCGCUUGUCAAUGGAGCUGGUCAGCGAGACCGCUCACACUCCUCAGGGUACUCCAGACAGCCAGAGCUCUAAAGGCAGCUUUGAGCUACUCAAUAUAGAUGACUAUUUCAAAGACAAGGCACCUUGUGCUGAACCAGAGGACCUUGGUUCUCCUUCUUCUGUGCCUGACCAGCACAAUGUGGUGCCCUCUGAUACUUCCACACCUGAUAUCUUGUCCAAACCAGAUGAUCAAUCUAAACAUCCCAAAAUGCAAAACUCGCUUCCAACUUUCUACACUCCUCCAUCCGAAAGUAGCUCUCCAAUCAUUAAGUCUACCACCAAUUCAGCCACCCCGUGCCCUGACGGCCUCAACAGGCCAUUGAAAGACAAGAAAGAGUCCACUCGGAGACCCAUGGUUGUAGUUAUUAGUAUGCAGAAGGAAACCCUUUUAAAUGAAGCAGAUGUGAAGCCUCCAGAGGUCAAAGACAGCGCUGCCCAGACCAGUGAGCCGCCCAGCCCAGCACAACCUAGCACUGACAGCCGUUAUGUCCUGGAGAAGCUAGAGAAACUCAACGAGGAGAAGGAAGAGAGGCAGAAGCAUCAACGGCAACAAAACGAAAAAGAGAUGAUGGAUCAGAUCCGUCAGCAGACGCACAUCCUAGAAGAACAACGUAGGAAUUUAGCCCAAAACGAGAGGGAGAAGUUAGAAAAGCAGAGAGCCGAGACUCUGCGAAGGAUCGAGCAAAGUAGACAGGAGAGUUCUGGAGGAAAGACGGACAGACCUGCUCCCAUUGCCCAGCCAGAGCCUGACCUCACUUCCCAGACACCAGCUCCAGAAAAGCAAGCUGUUCCUCUGAUUUUCAGAGACCGACCAAAGGACACACGCAAUGUAGCAGAAGGGUGGGCACCCAAGUUGACUCUGGAAUCCAGAGGGGAUGAAGCCAGAAGGAAAAUAAAUAAGAAACCGUCCAAUCAGAAUGUCAACAUCAGCAUGUCUGAAAGGCCAGGAAACAUCUUUUUUUCUCCAAAGACCAAGAUUGCCUACUCAAAGCUUAAUAAGGACUUGUCCAAUCAAGAAAAAACACCAGGAGCCCAGAAUGAAGUGAGCCUUUUGGGUUAUAAAUCCACAAAGACUGAGGUUGGCCGACCGGGUCAUAAAAAAGCCCGCAUGGCACGGACACGUUCAGACUUCCUCACCCGCAGCUCAAGCACCCAGGGAGAGGGGGAGUCAGAGGAGGAGGAGUACGAUGAGACCCCUCUGUAUGCUGGCACACCCCUCACCAAGCAAGACUCAGAGGAGAGCGCAGUAGAGGCUUGUCACAGUGACUCCGAAAUGCUGACCACAACCGCUGAGGAGCAGAAGAACAGAUGUAAAACCCUGCCGUCUGGAGAGCUGGGCAAACACGACACCAGGAAGAACUCUCACGGAGAUGGAAGGGUCCGUGGUAAAAUGCGGUUUUGGGUAAAGGCAAAGAAUGCAGAGAAGAAGAGUUCUCGAGAACGGCUGUUGUGUGGCAGCGAUACUUUAGAAGGAGACUACACUGAAGCGACACUUCUGAUGGAAGAGGGGGUAGAGCGCCUGUCUCCUCCUCACAGCCCAGACCUGACAUUACAGAGGGAGUUUAAGGAGAACAAAGAGCCGUCCCCUAAAGUGAAGCGCAGGCGAAGUGUGAAGAUCAGCAGCGUGGCUCUGGAGCCCGUCCAGUGGCAGAACGAUGCCCUGCAGAUACUCACAUGCACCAGUGACUACAAGAGCAUGAACGACUUCCUCAUGAAGAAGAUUACCGAUUUGGACACAGAAGAUGGGAAGAAAGACACAAUGGUGGAUGUUGUCUUCAAAAAGGCACUAAAGGAGUUCCGCGUGAAUAUCUUCAACUCGUACUCCACGGCUUUAGCUAUGGAUGACGGGAAGAGCAUUCGUUAUAAGGAUCUCUAUGCCCUCUUUGAGCAAAUCCUGGAGAAAAACAUGCGUCAAGAGCAGAGGGACUGGAGCGAGUCACCGGUGAAAGUUUGGGUCAACACCUUUAAAGUGUUCCUGGAUGAAUUCAUGACCGAACACAAACCUCUGGACAGCAGUCUGGGAAAGGCACCCAAACCAGACCGCAAGAAGAGAAGGAAAAAAGACACUGACGUAGUAGAGGAACACAACGGCCACAUAUUCAAGUCCACUCAGUACAGUAUUCCCACCUACUGCGAGUACUGCUCCUCCCUCAUCUGGAUGAUGGACAAGGCGUGUGUCUGCAAACUGUGCCGCUAUGCGUGUCACAGAAAGUGCUGUCAGAAAAUGACCUCCAAAUGCAGCAAGAAGUAUGACCCAGAACUUUCGUCGAGGCAGUUUGGUGUGGAGUUGUCCCGUCUGACCAACGACGAGCGAACAGUGCCUUUAGUUGUCGAGAAACUCGUCAAUUACAUUGAAAUGCACGGCCUGUACACGGAGGGGAUCUACAGGAAGUCUGGAUCCGCCAAUAAGAUUAAGGAACUGAAGCAGGGUCUGGACACAGAUGUAAACGGUGUCAAUCUGGACGACUACAACAUUAAUGUGAUCGCCAGCGUUUUCAAGCAGUGGUUACGUGACUUGCCUAAUCCUUUGAUGACCUUUGAACUAUAUGAGGAAUUCCUGCGGGCCAUGGGCCUCCAGGACAAAAAGGAAGUGAUUCGAGGAGUUUACUCUGUAAUCGACCAGCUCAGCAGAACCCAUCUAAACACACUGGAACGCCUUAUUUUCCAUUUGGUCAGGAUUGCCUUGCAGGAGGAAACAAACCGCAUGUCCGCUAAUGCGCUGGCUAUCGUGUUUGCCCCCUGUAUCCUGCGCUGCCCUGACACCAUCGACCCUCUGAGGAGCGUUCAGGACAUUGGGAAAACCACAGCGUGUGUUGAGCUGAUCAUUUGUGAGCAGAUGAAUAAGUACAGGGCCCGGCUGAAAGACAUCAAUACUCUGGAAUUUGCAGAGAACAAAGCCAAGAGCCGACUAACGUUCAUCCGCAGGUCCAUGGGUAAAGGCCCAGUGCACAGGUUGAGGUAUCACACACCAUCUCCUCCAGUGAGUCCUCGCUCUCCGAUUGCCCCCGAGGUCAUGCAGGACAGCGGAGAUGAGGAACCGGGCAGAGAUCCUGAAGUCUCGGAGCAGCAACAGGUCGCCAUGCAGCAGGAAGAGAAAGUACUGACGGAACAAAUCGAGAGCCUGCAGAAAGAGAAGGAAGAGCUGACGUUUGAGAUGCUCGCUCUGGAGCCGCGGGCAUCUGAUGAUGAGACUCUGGAGUCUGAGGCCUCGAUAGGCACAGCAAACAGCUCUGAAAACCUCAACGUGGACUCUGAGGGAGCCACUUCUGACUUCUCUGAGCGAGGCCCAGCGCUGGCCGCCACGAGGCCCAAGAAGUCUGAAGGGAAGAGCAGACGAGUUCUGCGAAAACAACCCGAAUCCCUGGACUCCAUAGAUUCCUGUUCCACCGUCUCCUCUGUGUCGUCUUCCUACAUGCAACCGACUGCGAGAACCCAUAAAUUAAGCUUGCGCUCCAAAUCGCCUUCCAAACGGUUAUAUCUGUCAAGCCCAUCUGAAAGCCUGGACCAGCCGGAGCAGGACGGAGAGGAGAGGCCACAGUUCACUAGCCGCGGGACCUUCAACCCAGAGAAAGGAAAACAGCGGCUGCAGGGGGCCAAGAGCUCGCCUCAGAGACACAGAGAGCAGAAGAAGGAUCCCGAGCUGUCGCCACAGCAGGUGGUGGUGUACGGCAGCAACGAGUUCAUGGUAUGAAGGCCACACGGAGACACGUCCAUCCACAGAGAAGAGCUCAUCCCUCCCUGCUAGCUCACUUUUGCUGCAUUAUAGUCCUUAAGUGCCAUGUUGAGGAGAGAGAUGGGCGGCUUUCCGAUCUGCAUGCGGAAGAGCAGGGCAAAGGGAAUGUAGAACCCUUCCCGCACGGGAUGUUCUCCUUUGGGCUCCGUGACUGUGAUCGAUCCAAAGGCGGGAGACGAAGCCAUUGAACUCCACCAAUUCAAGCUACAAAUCAUGGGCUGCUUUGAUGUUUACAGUUUAGUACCACGCGAGCAGCAUCCUCUACGAUGUAUUUGCCCCCCUUCCCCACCCUAAGCCUAUUUAAUAAAUUUUAUUUACAUUGAAUAUAUAAAUCUAUAUAAAUAUCUUAUGUGAUAUAAAGUGUACAAAGCAGAGCACCAGCGACUGCUGGCUUGUUGAAUUCUUAUAUCUUGUAAUGGUCAUGAGAGAGAGAGAGAGAUGAUGUUGGGUUUGGACGGAUGCUACGUUCAGGCUCCUCUGUAUGUGUGUGAGACGAGUGUGUGUGUCUUACGAAAGAACCUCUGGAUAUGUUUGUGCUGCUUUCUGUGUUCUGCUUGGAGGGAAAAUGAUGCCAUUAAGGGACCAAGCAAACUGGUGUUAUAAUACCAGAGGAUCCCAACGCUAAACGGAGACUCCAAAGUCUUCCAAAACCGCCACACAGUGUAUUACGUCAUUACAGCCAUCCAUCAAUUCAUACUUUCUCCAUUCCUGUUUAUGUUUUGUGCUCAUCUGCCUCAGUCUUUCUCUAAGAAACGUGUUGAAAUGCAAAAUCACAGUAACUGGAUUCCUCAUAGUAUUUUAAAUAUAAUCAUUAUUUGUCUUGAAAAUCAUAGGAGCAUUCGUGUCUUGAAGCUCCUCUAUCCAGAAAUUGACUUAAUAUAUUACCCUCUCUCUAUAUGAAAUAUAGUGCGAUAUGCCCCAUUUUGUUUUCUAAAUAUUUAAUUAUUAAAUAGAAUCCAACUGUAUUAAUCCACACAAGUGCAUUUGUUCAGAUUUGACACACCACCGUCAUUCAACACUUUCAGGAACCGAAAUUAAUAUUUUACCAGCAAAAUAUCCCAUUUAUGAUGCCUGUGUCACUGCUUUCUGCACAGCUCACGAACAGCAGUUGUCACCCCAUGUUAAACUGUGAUUAUACCCAGUAACUUCUGCAUGUUGUGGGCUGUAUUUUCUUUCUUUCUCCACAGGAGCGAGCGUACGGACCUACAGUAUACACAAUCUCCGAAUUAUGACUUAAUUUAUAUUGUAUUAUUUAGAUCUCAUGCAUUGCUGACACUGGUCACGCCGCCUGCAGGAUUAAGCAGACAACUGUCUGGCCUCAGAUUUGUCUUCUGUUAUGUAGAGUUGAGUGUUGAACAAAUAUUUCUUAUGAAAGAGCAAAAUAAAAAAAGUCAACAAUGGUUGUAAAAUAAAUUACACAUUUUGAACAAA